GGGUGUGUAGGGUCAUCCACAAUGCUGGUUGCUUUGCAGAUGCAGUGUUAUUUGUAAAUGUCUUUGAUGGAGGGAAGAGAGACCCCGAUGAUCUUCUCAGCUGUCCUCACUAUCCUCUGCAGGGCUUUGCGGUCUGAAACGGUGCAAGUCCCAAACCAGGCAGUGAUGCAGCUGCUCAGGAUGCUCUCAAUAGUCCCUCUAUAGAAUGUAGUGAGGAUGGGGGUGGGAGAUGUGCUUUCCUCAGCCUUUGAAGAAAGUAGAGAUGCUGCUGGGCUUUCUUGGUAAUAGAGCUGGUGUUGAGGGACCAGGUGAGGUUCGAGCAUUGCUGCACAGUCGUAAGUCAGCGGAGUGAACAGCAGUGGACUGAGCACACAGCCCUGGGGGGCCCCAGUGCUCAGUGUGGUGGUGGUGGAGAUGCUGUUCCCAAUCCGGACUGACUGAGGUCUCCCAGUCAGGAAGUCCAGGAUGGCAUGCUGGAUGUUGGUGAGGGCGUUGAUGACUUCGGCCAGCGGUGAAGGCUCCAUAGCGGCGCUCUCCUCCAAACCCGGGUUCUCGGCACCACUGUGAACUGGUUUGAUUGGAGCAAUGGAGGAGUCAGGAGACAACGAGGCAGGUUCAAGGCUAUGUGGACUCUGUGCAGUGCAGACACUGAAUGAGAUGAUUGCUCCGCUGGAUGCAGUGGUGAGAUUUGCUGUAGUGUCCCAUGCUGCUCCUGUGCCUUACGUAAGGCCCAGAAUACUAGAGAAAGGAUCAGGCAGACUCAUUCUGAAGGCAGCAAAACACCCCUGUGUUGAAGCCCAUGAUGAUGUGGCUUUCAUUCCCAAUGAUGUUAUUUUUUCAAGGGGCAAGGAGAUGUUUCAUACCAUCACAGUCUGUUUAGGUCCAAAUAUGGGUGGCAAGUCUACCUAUAUCCAUCAGGUGUGUGACCAGAGCUUUGGAAUUCACGUGGCAGAGCUUGCUAUCUUCCCCAAACAUGUGACUGCUAAUGCACUGGAGAAGGCUUUGGAGCUUGAGGAGUUCCAGGAUAUCUCCAGAGCCAGGGAAAAGGGGGCAGAGGCUGGACCUGAAGCCAAGAAGCGCUGCCUCAAGAAACAGGAUGGAGAGAAGAUCAUUGAAGCUUUCCUGGCUAAGGUUAAAUUCAUGCCUGCUGAUGGCAUGACUGAUGAAGCUGUCAAAGAAGAGCUAUAUAAACUGAGGGCAGGGGUCAUCAGCCAAAACAUCAGCUUUGUUAAUGAGAUAGUGUCAUGUCCUGGAAAAAUUAAAACCAGCCUUAACCUUGUGGGAUAUCUUUGUCUAAGUGGUCAAAAGCAUUUGUGUAAAACUGUUUAUGAUAAAAUGGAAAUGCAUAUAAUCUAUAGUAGAUUAGAAAAAAAAUUCAAUUUUAAAGCCAUCUCUUUCUUUUCACAUUCUUGAA